UUCCCCUCUCGGACCCCGGCCCUGCAGCAGGGCCUGUCGGGAGUUGUAGUCCCAAGGCUGCGGCCGCGCGCGGCGGCGAAGAUGCGGGGCGCCGCCUGUCCCCGCCUCCCCCUAACCUGCUAGCGCGAGGUGGGGGAGCACUGGGGAGGAGACGUCGGGUCGGUGAUUGGCCCAGACCGCCUCCAGCCCCCACCCACGUCCCCUCCUCAGCCCGCGGCUGCCGACUCCAGCGCCCCGCGCGCCAAGGCGGCGAUCGAGCGAGCGCGCGUGCUGCCGCCGCCGCCCCGAGCACCCGCAGCUCCUGCGCCGCGUCAAGACCGAGGAGAGACGGACCGACCGACGGACCCUCGCAGCCGCAGCAUCCCGGAGGAUUUUUUGAAGUAGGCUUCAUACCCAGCGUGGAGCCCAAGGUGGGCGUGAACUGGCGACCCUGAGAUCAAGACCUGAGCUGAGAUCAAGAGUUGGAUGCUUAACCCACUGAGCCACUCAGGAACAUGCUUGCCAAUUCAGGCAGCGUGAGGAUUCUCAUCAAGGGAGGCAAGGUGGUGAACGAUGACUGCACCCACGAGGCUGACGUCUACAUUGAGAAUGGCAUCAUCCAGCAGGUGGGCCGUGAGCUCAUGAUCCCCGGAGGGGCCAAGGUGAUCGAUGCCACUGGGAAGUUGGUGAUCCCUGGAGGCAUUGACACCAGCACCCACUUCCAUCAGACCUUCAUGAACGCUACAUGCGUGGACGACUUCUACCACGGGACCAAGGCGGCACUAGUCGGAGGCACCACCAUGGUCAUCGGCCACGUCCUGCCUGACAAGGAGACCUCUCUCGUGGAAGCCUACGAGAAGUGUCGGGGUCUGGCCGACCCCAAGGUCUGCUGUGACUAUGCCCUGCAUGUGGGGAUCACCUGGUGGGCACCCAAGGUGAAAGCAGAAAUGGAGACACUGGUAAGGGAGAAGGGUGUCAACUCCUUCCAGAUGUUCAUGACCUACAAAGACUUGUAUAUGCUUCGGGACAGUGAGCUCUAUCAAGUGUUGCACGCUUGCAAGGACAUUGGAGCGAUCCCCCGAGUCCAUGCUGAGAAUGGGGAGCUCGUGGCUGAGGGUGCUAAGGAGGCGCUAGAUUUGGGAAUCACGGGCCCAGAAGGAAUCGAGAUCAGCCGCCCAGAGGAGCUGGAGGCUGAAGCCACUCACCGAGUUAUCACCAUUGCAAACAGGACUCACUGUCCAAUAUACCUGGUCAACGUGUCCAGCAUCUCGGCCGGUGACGUUAUCGCAGCUGCUAAGAUGCAAGGGAAGGUUGUGCUGGCCGAGACCACCACCGCCCAUGCCACUCUGACAGGCUUACACUACUACCACCAGGACUGGUCCCACGCGGCCGCCUACGUCACGGUGCCUCCGCUGAGACUGGACACGAACACCUCCACCUACCUCAUGAGCCUGCUGGCCAAUGAUACUCUGAACAUUGUGGCAUCAGAUCACCGGCCUUUCACCACGAAGCAGAAAGCUAUGGGCAAGGAGGACUUCACCAAGAUCCCGCAUGGAGUGAGUGGUGUCCAGGACCGCAUGAGCGUCAUCUGGGAGAGAGGAGUGGUUGGAGGAAAGAUGGACGAGAACCGUUUUGUGGCCGUUACCAGUUCCAACGCGGCGAAGAUUCUCAACCUGUAUCCCCGCAAGGGCCGCAUCAUCCCUGGGGCCGAUGCCGACGUGGUGGUGUGGGAUCCAGAAGCCACAAAGACCAUCUCAGCCAGCACCCAGGUGCAGGGAGGAGACUUCAACCUGUACGAGAACAUGCGCUGCCACGGCGUACCGCUGGUCACCAUCAGCCGGGGACGAGUCGUGUAUGAGAACGGUGUCUUCAUGUGCGCUGAGGGCACUGGCAAGUUCUAUCCCCUGAGGUCCUUCCCAGACACUGUCUACAAGAAGCUGGUCCAGAGAGAAAAGACCUUAAAGGUUAGAGGAGUGGACCGUACUCCCUACCUGGGGGACGUAGCUAUCGUUGUGCAUCCCGGGAAAAAAGAGAUGGGAACGCCACUCGCAGACACUCCUACUCGGCCCGUUACCCGACACGGGGGCAUGAGGGACCUUCACGAGUCCAGCUUCAGCCUCUCUGGUUCUCAAAUCGAUGACCAUGUUCCAAAGCGAGCUUCGGCUCGGAUCCUCGCUCCCCCCGGAGGCAGGUCAAGCGGCAUUUGGUAAAGGCACUGACCAGCCCCCCGCGUGAGGACGCACCACUGCCACCAGCCCGCACACCCUCCGGCCGCAGCUGCAGGGGGCGGGAGAGGCUGGGCUGGGCAGUACACACCACCUGAGGGGGCCACGGGACCCGGGGAGCCCUCGCCAUGUCUGACACGCGAUUCACUGUGCUUCGAGCCAACCCUAACAGGCACUUUGAGAUGUGUCCCUCCCGCUGCAGUCCUUUCCUGCCUUGGCCUCGGCAGGCUUUGGGGGGCCCGGGAAACCCACACUAUGCACAGAGCCCAAUGCAUAGAGCCCGGCCCAGCCCCUCCUCUCACACCCGCCUCCAUGCGCUGGCUUUGGGAAAGCCCAGACUUUAGUGCCCUGCCCCCUGGCUGACCCGCCAGCUGUCCGGAGCACUUUAGCAGAUGUGUGUUAGAGGAAAAGGACCCCCUCCCCCUAAGGAGGCCCCGCGGUUGCUUUUCCCAAGUCAGACAGGUGUUGGCUUCCCGGCCGUGCCCAGGGGGUCCCAUUUUUCCUGACUCCACGCUGGCCCCUGUGUGGGUGUGGUUGGGGCGCUCCGCACCCUCCGCCAGCUUCUUCCUCCCCCCCCCCCCCCACCCCACCCUCUGGGAGUCACAGGCCCGGAGGGGCUAGCUGGGUGGGGCACGGGGCUGGUGCCAGGCGCGUGUACAUGAUUUUGUUUUGCACGUUUGGUUUGCGCAGUGGUUUGGUUUGACUUGUUUGUGCAUCCUGUGAAAAAUAACGGUGCUUCGUGUCACUAGCAUAGCAUAGAAACAGGAGUAGAUGUGGACCUUAAGAGAUGCUGCACUCGACACCAACCAGACAGCCUAGGGCACAGACGAGGAGGGGGCGGUGAGGGGUUGGACUCACAGGCCCUUCUUCUCCCAACCUGGGGCCUUCCAGGCUGCCGAGGCCUUGUCCCAGGCCCUCCUCCUGUCCCCUCCCCUCUUGGUAUAGUUCCCUACAGUCUGAGAGGGUGCCCCGGGGACCGUCGGGGAGCGGAGUCACCUUUCCCAUCUCUGGCUCUGGUCACUCCCAGCCCUGACACCCUCACGCCCCCAGCCAGCUUCCUGUAACCUCCCCCUGCUGGACGGAGGCCCGGCCGCUCUUCCUGUGUGAUUGGCAAGAGGCCUCGUGCCUGCUAAGAGAGGGGGAGCGGGACCAGGGAGGGAGUGGGCUGGAGGCCAGGCCAGCGGGACGGGGCUGGAGAACCCACAUUGCUGCACAGGUGCCGUGGAGCCCCGUGGUCAGCACCUCACCUUCACCUGCCCGUGGCCUCCCUCUCCUCCCACCUCCAGCCGAGCCCUCCCUGCCUCGGAAGCACCGGGAGGUCUCCAUGGAGACGCUAGAGGCCGGGUGAUCUCCAUCCACCCUGAGCGAGCUGGGAAGCAGCCCAGCCACCUGCCCUUCUUAAGCUCUGCCUUCCCCUCGGGGAAGUGAUUUCAUGUCGCACAUCGCUUUGCGCACCCCAGGCUUGUUCCAGGACUCGGGCCAGCGGUCGUACCCUGCACGUUUCUUUCGUGCUUUACGUGUCGUCAAAGCACUUGCAUCUACGAGCGCUCACUUGCUCCUCGCAACGGCAGAGCGUGUAUUGUGGUCCCCAUUUCGCAGAUGAGACCCAGAAGGUUUAGGCCUUCUGACCCCAGAAGUGUCCAGGACCACCCCUAAGGGCGUGGCUGCCUCCCCCCCGCUGUGGAAAGGAGGAGGGGUGACGUCUCUUGUAGAUGCCACCCAAGAAUUCAACCACCCGGAAGACUGACUCCCUUGGUAGGCGUUCUGCUUUGUUUUGCACAGAUAGCUAGAUCUUCCUUGUAGACAAACUAACGCGUGUUCACUGCCCGAGCCAGAACUAGAUCCGUGUUGGCGGCUUGCCGUGUGGUUUGCGCUGCCCCCACACCCUCACUUCUCCCUUCAAGCUCAUCUUCCUCACUCACUCAGGGGCUGAGAGGACAGAGACGGUACCCCAGGGAGCAGAGGGAGCAAAGGCACCCACGGGGACAGGAGGUAGGGAUCUGGGCCUGGGAAACUGUGACCCUGAUCCCUCGGUACAGUGCACAUCACCAUCUUUAUCCCUUCCAGCCCUUUGCUGGGUCGCGGGCCUUGGGAAGAUGCCAAAGAGCCGAGCAGUGGUGGUGGCCGGCGGGCAGAGUGUCCCUGCUUGGGCCAGGAAAGCUUUACCUUCUCUGAGUGCCUCUGCCUGAGAGAUGCAUGGUCUGUGGCUCUAGGAGACCACGUCUUGGAGUGGUCCACCGCAGGCCUUCCGCUUCAUCUACCCUCCCCACCCCCACCCCCGAUCUUUCAUAGACCCCACCCUCGCCCGGGAGCUUCUAGAUGAAGAUCAGAAGGAGGCUCAGGGGACCACAUGAACGGUCCGCUUCCGCCACCCGCUCCUUGCCCCUGUGCAGAGCUCCAGCCGGCUCCAUCGGCAGCCCCACUGCCCCUGGUUGGAAUGAAAAAGGGUCUCUGGUUGCACUGAAUGCAGCUCUCAAACUGGUCUUGUACUUGCUGAAUAAAUACUGUUGUUCUUGCCUUAGCUGCUCUCUAGGUUUGUGGGAAUAAGUUACCAGAAAAUUGUGCUACUGUGUGUGCGUGUGCGUGUGCGUGUGUGUAGUGCUAGGAGUCCACAGUAGGUCUCUGUCAAGCCGAUGCCGCGAUGAGGGCUUUUCCGAUACUGACCCAGAAACCACAGAACCACGCGAAAACCCAAACCACCCUCUCCAGCUGCCCGGGCGGCAGGCACAGCCUGGGGUCAGGAUGGAGCCUCCAGCACCCAAGUGACUUCUCACUCCUCUGUAAACGUCAUGGUGCUAAGAUCGUGUCAACCCCAAGAUGACACAUGGUCCUGUGCUUUGGCCACCUGUUUGAGGCAAAAACAAAACAGCCCGACACAUUGUGUUCUGGUGCAGGUUUGUAUUAAACUGUAGCUACUUCUCA